CGAAAAGGUGCUACUGUCACAUAAAGCAAGGGUGUUAAAGCCAUCAUGACAAAGGUAAUGGUUCAUUUAUUGUUUGCUUUCUUCCUCCUGGAGCACAAAGUCACCUACGCUUCCAUGUGGGCCGAAACCAGCCAUACAGAACUCAAGACGUACUUGCAAGGAUUCAUUCUUGAGUCCUUCAAAGUAAACACUAUCUUUGCAUGUUACAGAAAGUGUGAGGACAACAUCAUUUGUGCAAGCAUCAACAUGAAUCUGACAGACAUGACAUGUGAACUGAAGUACUCUACCAAGACAAGACACCCAAAGAAGAUUCUUAGUCAUCCAAACAUGAUGUACAUGGAAUUGCGAGAUGAGGUCGGUUCAGUGCCAGAUAAUCCAAUACAAUCCUGCAAAUGGUUAAAGAACAUUAUCAACCAGUCGAAGUCCGGUGUGUAUUGGAUGAAGAUAAAUGACCCAUCCUCUGACGCUUUUCGGGUGUUUUGYGAGAUGAACACCGAUGGAGGAGGCUGGACACUAGUGUACAGCUAUUAUUUUACUCAGUUCAAUAACUUCGCUUCAUACGCAAACAGCAUUUCUCCGGUCCCCAACUGGCCUGUUCAUUGGUCAUCAAGCAACUGGUCACCUCAAUCGACCGUAACACCUCUAAGUGAGUCUAUUCGCUCGGCCAUGGAUUUUUCUUUGUGGAAGAAGAUUGGUAACGAGUUCCUUCUUGCACCCAAUAUCACGAACUGGGUUUCCUGUGUUGAAGGAUCCGGGAGCCUUGUGGAGUGGAGAUCAGGAACUACGAYCUGUCSAGUUGUGAAGGCUAUAACAUCAAUCUGCACGAAUAUUGCACCAGAUUACUUGAUUGCACAUGCAUGUGGAUUAGCUCUGACACGUAAUGGCGGUACACAGUUUAUCCUGGAUGGGAACAAAGCUAAUUGCUACCCUACCCAUGAUCCUUGUGGUAGCGAUUCUGUAUCCAAUCACCAGCAACAUAUAACAAAUCCUGGAGGUGCCCUUUACAUCCGCUGAUGAAUAAUAAUAUGAAAGAACGUUUCAAGUUUGUAACACAUAGGAGAUGACUGCUGAUGGCUGUACGGCACACCAGCUUUGUAUCUUAUCACCUAACAUCUUUUGCACCGACAGAACGUUUCUAGCUAGCAAGGUUGGCAGAACUCGAACGUUGACUUUAUUAAGGCGCUUUGCCGUUUAUUAGUUAAUUAGUCUAAGUUGAUUGAUAACGUGAGUCAUAACGAAGCAUCACACACAUGUCCAGCGCCGGCCUACAAGGGAGUGGGAGACUCGUAGAUAGUAGAGAGGGUUGUUUAAUAGUUGGGAAAAGGCCGGAUAUUCAAAGAGUUAAAUGUCUAGGAGAUCCCAACAAAGGGAUGGUAGAGACAGUCCAUUUGGGUCAACAGGUGAUAGCAUAGGCCUGCCUUGGACAUCUAUCAGUACUAAAGGAGGGCUUCUGUUCUCCCCAGCAUACCAAUUCUUUAAUUAAGCACGCUUCAAUGCUGACAUAGGAUCUCGAUAUUUAUAUAUAAGCAAUUAUAAAAUGUUUGAAAUAUAACGCGCUCAGUAGUUGGCUGGCCACCAUGUCUAUAUCAGAGGAGAGAGACACGCUCGCGCAAAAUUCUCUUUCCCGACAAAAUUUAUAGGAGAAUCGCGAUACAAAAAUAUACCUGACGACGAUGGUCACUCAUUGACAGUGCAUCAUAUUUAUUCAGUGGAGUUCCAACCGUAGCUUCCUUCUCAGACGUUCUUAGUGUCUGUUGCGCAACGUUUCCCUCCACACGAACGUCUUCAAAAAUUGACCAAUCACCAGGAACCAAUAAUCCKAAAACGGUCUAUUACGUAUCUCGUAGAAGUGUAUAUGCAAUGCUUAAAUUAAAUUAAUAAAACUUUCAAAAUUAAUGAGCUGAGCUCUUAUCAGAAUCAAGUUAUCGAAGUAUUUAGGAUUCAGAA